AUGGCCUCGACAGGGUCUUUCUUUCCGCACAUAGAAUCUGUCUUCUACGCCGUUUUCGAUGUUGAACAAGGCCCGAAGAUCGUCCACCAGGUGCCUGAGGAUCUCAUAUCCACGAGCACCACCACCGUCUCCGCCAGUACCACCCUGUCCCCUGUCUCUCCCGGACAGCCCUCUGGCACGAAUAGUGCUUCCCUGCGCUCCCUAAACGCUACGCAGACGCCUAGCCCCCGCAAGCGAGCUGCCUCGUCCAACCGCUCGCUCUUCCACUUCGAUGACAUCUCGAAGUAUGUUAUGCCAUCCAGCGCCCUCUGCGGCCGGCUCGUCAUGUGUGCGACGCGCAACCACCGCAUCAUCGGGUUCCCCAUGAAUCUGUGGGGAGCUUACCCCCGCAACGAGUUCCGGUACAAUUUGUGCUUCGUUUUCGAGCGCUCGGCGGACCUCAGCUGCUAUGAGCCCAUCGUGAGGAAAGCAAGCCGCGUCCUCACGGCGUGCGAGAAAGAGUCAAAGUACCUCUCAUCUCCGGAGAAUUCUCCGGCGAUACAUGCCAUCCUCGAGCAGCUGUACGAGGACCUGAACUCGUACUCAGAGACGUCCAUCCCCAUGGACAGAUUCAACUCCAUUGAGUUGAAGAUUUUCCCCUUCUAUCCUAAUCCUCCGCCAGUCAAAGAUUACAUGGUGCCUCUUGCCCUCAUCAAUCUGACGAAGAGGAUCGAGCCGAAUUGGGACUUAACCAUGGUCAAGGUCUGCCAACAUAUUGAUGGCACGAACCAUGUGAGUCGCAUUGCACGCCUUGCGGACUGCGAUCUUGACCUGACUCGCCAAGCCAUUGCGCAUCUGCUAUACUACCAAGUAAUCAUGAUGAUUGACAUCUUUCAAUACUCAAAUAUGUACACGCUUCGUACUAGCAUCCAAUGGCUGGCGGACGAGUCUCAUGUGAGAGACGAAUGCGGGCCAUAUGCUACAAAACCAGGUGCGAACUGGAUGGCCAUCGCGGACUGGCCGAAACUCCUGCACCUGUACUCUCGGUUGAAGCCCGGAAAGACAGUACGUGAGUGGAUGGAGGAAUACGACGUCGCGUCUUACGGCAUCGAUGUACGCCGCUUCACCAGCUUCGGCGUGAUUAAGGUCACACAAUCGUAUAAUCAGAUCGCUACUAUCGCUCAUUCGAGCUGCUACUGCAGGGCUUCCUACGUCGGGUCCAUCGCUGGCCUGUCCUGCUCCCCGAGGUCGACACUGCCACUCUGCAGGACGAACGUUUCGGAAACCCAUCAUCGUUUGGGCGCAAGCGCGGGAAGAGCAUCGCGACCUCAGCACAGCCAUCACAAUCCUCGUUGCGAGUCGAGCCAGACACCAUGCGCGGACGCUUGCGCUCGCAUGGCUCCCUCACGCCAAGACCUAUCAUGA